AUGGCCCCGCAACGCCUUCUAAAGCUGACCCUCGCCCACCAUCGGAACCCAGCUGCCUCCGAGGAAGAAUGCCACCACUUCAUCACAGAGGUGUAUAUCCCUAAAGCAGUGGCGAUUCAUCAACGCCAUAAGUUACAGGGCUAUAGCUACCACUUCUCCCCAACGCCAGUGCGGAAUGUAUUGAGCACCGCGUGCGAGCGUCUGCAAAACGGCUGGACAGUCGACACCCACGACGCGACCGUGGAGUUUUACUUCCGCGGCAUCGCGGACUUGGUGACUGUGUCCACCGACCCAGAUUUCAUUGCUCUGCAGGCAAUCGAAGCGCCUUAUAUCAGCAAGGAGGGUGUCGUCGCCCAACUUGGAUGGGUGGAAACCUACAUCGCGGAUCAGCAGGUGGUGAACUUGGUUGAUGGGAAGUCGCAGUAUCAGAGCUAUGAAGAGGCGUCUUCUAUUGAACUUACGCUGUGA